GCGGUCAAGCCCCGCCUCUUCCUCACUUAUUUCUGUCUGCGAGAAGUAAACUCGGAAACACAAGCUCAACCGCGUCUUUUAUGUACCGUUAGCCGAAGAGUGUUACUCUGCUACCGAACCAAACCAAGGUAGCCAGACAGAAGAAACCGAAAACAUGGCGAAGACGUACGAUUAUCUGUUCAAACUGCUGCUCAUCGGAGACAGCGGAGUGGGCAAGACGUGUCUUCUGUUUCGUUUCAGUGAGGAUGCGUUCAACACCACCUUCAUCUCCACUAUAGGAAUUGACUUUAAAAUCAGAACAAUUGAGCUGGAUGGGAAGAAGAUCAAGCUUCAGAUCUGGGAUACAGCCGGACAAGAGAGGUUCAGAACCAUCACCACUGCUUAUUAUAGAGGAGCAAUGGGAAUUAUGCUGGUGUAUGAUAUUACAAAUGAGAAAUCAUUUGAGAACAUCAAGAACUGGAUCAGGAACAUUGAGGAGCAUGCUUCAUCAGAUGUGGAACGGAUGAUAUUGGGUAACAAAUGUGACAUGAACGAUAAGAGACAAGUUUCAAAAGAAAGAGGAGAAAAGCUAGCUAUUGAUUAUGGAAUCAAGUUCUUGGAAACCAGUGCAAAAUCCAGCACAAAUGUGGAAGAGGCCUUUGUCACUCUUGCUAGAGACAUCAUGACCAGAUUAAACCGAAAAAUGAAUGAGAAUAACCCUUCAGGAGGAGGAGGAGCAGUGAAAAUCACAGAGAGUCGGUCCAAGAAGCCAAGCUUCUUCCGCUGUAUUCUGCUCUAACCCGGCAACUUCUGCAGCCUCAGUGUAUGAAUGAUUUCAUUUCUCUCCGUGUGUUUGAGCUCAGCGCGUGUGUGACUGUGUGAGGGUUUACAGUACCUCUGGUUUAUUAGCUGUUAGCUGCUGCUGAGAGCUCUGGACUUUAGCCUGCCUCAUCUAUACCAACUGAAGGCCUGAAGAUAUUGUACUAGACUAAAGACACAUGUGCUGUUUCCAAAACAUUCCUUUUAAACUAAAACAUCCUACAAUCUACCCAUUAACCAACUGGGUCAAUCCCAAUUUAGCGUAGCCUGAUUUGAAUUUUGAGAACCUUUUGUUAUCCUCAAAAUUAUUAAUUUCAUAUAGUUCAUUUAUAGGUAUGUUGAUUUAAAAGGGUUUGUUAAAGCACCAUUUAAUGAAGGAAAAUAUAUGAAGAGAUUACAAUAUAUCGAACUCCUGCUAAUAUGCAGUUUUUGGCAAUAAAGAUUGUGGAGCUGAAGAACCUUAUGGUUUGAGAAUUAAAUAUUGGUCAAACCGAAGGAGAUGCAAUAUAUAUAUAUAUAUUUAUAUAUAUUUUCUGUAAUUGUUGAAUGUCAUGUUUUGUUAUAUUUAAAGUCACCAUUUUAUAUGUACUUAAUUUUGUUUUAGUUACUCUUCCAAAGCCGCAAAAAACUGUGGAAUAGAAAGCAAGGUUCACAGGUCUUCGUCUUCCCCCUUUCCCCAACUUUACCAUACUAAUCUUAAUUUUAACAGAGACCAAAGUAAAAAUAUUUCGAAGCUGUGAUGGAUACUUUCUUUUUUGUUUGUAAUCUCUCAUAUAUUAUAUAUUGAGCUUGAAAAAGAAAGACAGAAGAAUAAAUAGAGAGGGCUAGGACCCGUUUCCUAUUGCUUGUUGAAGCAGCAGCCAGCUAGGCCCUGUAUAUGAGUAUAUACAGUAUUAGAUUUACUUAUGGUAUUAUAUUUUUAUACUCUAUUGACAUUAAGCAUCUUUUACUCAUCACUGCAUAUGCAGCACCUAAAUCAUGUUAACCUGUGCUUAUUUGAGAUUGAUUUAUUUGUUAAAACUUAUGACAUUUAAAUGCUGUCAGUAUUCUGUACGUUUUUUUUAAUUCCCUCUUUUAUAAGGCUCUGAGUGUGAAGUUGUGAAGUGUUUACAGCACCACUGCAACAGUAUUUUCUUUCAAGUCGUGCACUGUAAUCUGUGUGUGGGGGUCUCUCGUAGUACCACCUCACUUCAUAAACCACUUUAAGUCCUACUUGUGAUGUCAGCCACUUAAAAAAAAAAAGCUUGAAUGUGUUCAAGUGUCCUCUGAGUUUACUGGGCUAUUACCAGGCCCAAUGGAUUCUGCAUACUUUUAUAGCUGAUUUUAUUCGGGGGGAAAAUACAUGGAAUUCGGCUGAAAGGAUUUAAACACGGUCAAAUGUGUUAACCAGAGCUGAGAGCACUACACUCUUAUUACCUUGGUGUAUGGCAAAUGUUCCAAUUCUGUGUAAAUCUGCUGAUUUUUCAGUUACAGAUUCCAUGGGCCUGUUAUAAAUUCAGAACACAAAAUUCAAACUGAAACGGAGAAUCAACAUAGAUCGAUUCUCCCAAGUUAUACCUAAGAAUGAAUGAAUGAAUGAUUCUACUUCUGUUUAAUGGUGUACAAUUGAGUUUUGUUGCCAUUGUGCAUCUGUUCGAAAGAAUCCCUGCUCAUUUUCGUGAGGCGUGCCAUUUCCACCUAAAGUGUCAGUUUACCCAGAAAUGAAAAUGAAAAUUAAUUCACCCUCAGGUCAGUCCAAACCUGGCUUUCUCUGGAACAUGAAAGGAAAUAUUUUUGAGACGAAAAUUUUUUUUUCAUACGAUGGAAAGUCAGUGGUUUGGUUACCAGCAGCCAUGUAAAUAUAUUAAUUUGUGUUUUGCAGAAAGUCAUACAGGUUUGAAAUGACAUGAGCAUAUGAUGAUAAAAUUAUCAUUUUGGGUAAACUAUCCCUUUAAUGGCCGAGUAGUCAUGUUUUGAAUAUGCAUGCAGGCACAUUUGCAUAUUUGUCAAUGAAACAUUGACCGCACUCCCACAUGAGCAUAAAGUCUUACUGACCAUUCAAUGGAAGCUUUAAUGUCCUAUUUUAUAACACGUCUUCCUUGAUUUUGUUGUCUGCAAUAUGUCAGAGUUAACUGAUUAUGUAAAAAGAAAUUAAAAUAUCUUUUCUAAGUUA